AGCGGGACCCGAGGCGGGGAAGCGCUCCCUGAAUGAGGAGGCGGACUGAGGGGAGAGGGUGUGUGAGUGUGGGGGGGAUGUGCGCCCCUCUGCUGCUCGGUACGCGGAGGUGUGCGCUCCUCUCUCUCUCUCUUGAUCCUGCUUUUGUAUCGCUUCGGAGGAGAGAACCCACAGGACACCUUUGGAUGCAAUCAUGUCACGGCCGCCGUGUCGUUUCCACAGCAGCAUCCUCUGAAUAAUAGAGGCUGUUUUAAUCCACGCAGGCGUCAAAGGGACCUUAAGGAAUAAAGCUAUGGGUGGGCAGAUAACGCGGAAUGCUUUGUACGACUCCCUCGGAGGUCCAUUCCCGUCCACGUCGCAUCGAUGCCACCACAAAUCCAAAAGGUGUCUGCCGAUCCAGUGCAGCAGCGUUGGCGGACCGUUCCUGGUCAGCCCGCUCCUUUUCCAUCCAAACACCAAGGGGUCUCAGAUAGUCAUGGACCUGGCCCAGAAGAGCGUAAAGAGGCAGGCCAGCUUCUGCAACGCCAUCACUUUCAGCAACAGGCCCAUUGCACUGUACGAGCAAGUCCGCCUCAAGAUCACUAAAAAGCAGUGCUGUUGGAGUGGCGCUCUGCGUCUAGGCUUCACCUCCAAAGACCCCUCCAGGAUAAACCCAGACAACCUGCCAAAGUACGCCUGCCCCGAUCUGGUGUCCCAGAGCGGCUUCUGGGCCAAAGCUCUGCCUGAAGAGUUUGCUAAUGAGGGAAACAUCAUUGCCUUUUGGGUCGACAAGAAAGGCAGGGUUUUCUACCGCAUUAACGAGUCCAGUCCCAUGCUUUUCUUCAGUGGAGUACGCACAGCUGAGCCCCUUUGGGCCUUGAUCGAUGUUUACGGCCUGACCCGUGGGGUGCAGCUUCUAGACAGUGAGAUCGUUCCUCCGGACUGUCUGCGACCACGUUCCUUCACCACGGUGCGUUCCUCCUCCCUUCGGCGUGAAGCUGACGACUCCCGCCUCUCCAUCAGCCUGUGUGAUCUCAACCUGCAGCAGGAGGAGCGAGGCCCCACCCACUCUCACCGCCACACCCUCCACCUGGCCUCAGCUUCCUCCUCGUCCUCCUCUUGCCCCAUCCCCCAGAACUCCCUAAACUCGCAGCAGUCCUCCAUGCUGCCCUCUGCCCUGGAGAGCGACCUGCAUUUCCACCAACUUCGCGGUGCAAACAUCAAGACGCUUGACGAGCAGACCGUGGCACGGUCUGAGCACGCCCGGGAGGAGCGGACGUUGGUCUUCACCAACCGGCCCUUGCGCACUGGAGAGACUGUCUUCAUCAAGGUCACCAAGUCCAGCCCGGCACGCUCAGGCUCAUUGUCCUAUGGGGUAACUUCCUGCGACCCGGCAGUACUGCGCCCCAGCGACCUGCCAUACAACCCAGAGGCUCUGGUGGACAGGAAAGAAUUCUGGGCCGUGUGCCGGGUACCGACUCCUCUGCAGAGCAGCGACAUCCUGGGUUUCCUGGUUAACCAAGAAGGGGAGGUCAUCCUCAGCCACAACGGCACCGAUGUCGGUAUGCAGGUGUGUGUGGACAACUCCCGCCCCCUCUGGAUGUUCUUUGGCCUGCAUGGAGCUGUGACGCAGCUGAGGAUUCUGGGCUCCACACAUGCUGGGGAUCCACGGAUCACAUCCAACCCCAGCUCGCCCUCCUCCUCUCCACACACCCCCAACGCCCUGGGAAGCGGCAUCUCCGAUCCGGUCCUGAACGGAGGCCUGUGUUCUGCUGCCUACUGCGGCUCAGCGGGUGGUAGGUCCGCCCUGACGGGCUCUUACAUCACUUUUCUUCUUGAAAUCAAUCACCCCUCAUGAGGUUGAAACAAACGU